AUGGCUACAAUGUCUCCGGCGCGUGCAUCGUCUGCCGAGUCGAGCUUUGGAGGUGCAGCUGACACCUUUUCCAAUGUCGCGUCGUUGAGCUCGACACCACCCACUACUGUUGCGGACAGCAUGAGCCUGGCUUCUGAUGCCUCCAAACCCGAGCAUGUAGUUGCCUCAGACCCCAUUGAGGAAACUGUCUCGGAAACUUUGCACCAAACUUUGCAAGAGUCUAUCCGACAGCAACAACAACAACCACCACCACCACCACCCACCCCGACUCAAGCUGCGCCUGAGCUCAUGCAAAUGAAUAACGUCGAGCUUGUUGUCGAGGCAAUCGAAGUCACCACCGCCGUAAGUGCGCCUGCGGAAGCCGCAGAAGCCGCAGAGACGCCAGCGACUCCCAACGCGACAAGCCCUGCGGAUGCCCCUUCCUCGACCGGACGCCCCCGACGAUCACGGGCAAGCCUCCCGGUAUACAAUCUCGCACAGCUGACCGGCACCGCUAUUCACGGCAAGCGCAGAUCCAAGGGCGACGUUGUUUCCGAGAGACGACGACGACGUACCAUUGCGGGCGACACCUGGGCGGACAACAACGAGGAUGGGGGUGCCAGUCCAGACGGAGUCGCUAAGAGCGCCGGCGGCACAGCAGGGGACCGUAUAAACGCGCUCGACUCGCAACGGUCUAUGCGCGGAGCCAGCACGCCCAACUCCAAGGUGUCCAAGAAGCGCGCUCUGUCUCCAGAACCGAGGCGCAUUUCAACGCGUUCAACGGGCACACCGGUUGAGAACUUGGCAAACAAGCUCACUACACUGGGCAAGAGAGGGAGGAAGUCUGUCGAUAAGGGCUUGUCGCGCGUUGCGCUCGAGAUCAAGAGGUUGCAGGACACCAAUGAGUUCGCUGGCAUCGACACCAAACCUGUCUUGUACACCACCUGGGCCAAGGGCAAGCUUGUAACCCAUACCGACCCUGAACCCGCUACCAAGAAGCGCAAAGUGCCUGAGUCGCCCAAGAAGGCAGCACCCACCAAGGCGGAAACCCCAGUCGAAGAGGCUCCGCCCAUGAAGCAGCGACGCAUCAAGAAGUGGCUUGAACAUGGCCUUUACUCUGGCCAAGAGGCACCUAUGGACAUCUACAAGAGCCUGACUCCGACCGAAAGAAAGAGCUUGGCAGAUAUGCCUGAACUAAUGCCCAGCGGCAAACCCAACGGGACAUUGCCACAACCUAUUUUCAACGGCUUGCGUCUCUUGAUUAGAGGCCGAGACUUCAAGCUGCCGUACGACAUCUGCAACCCUCUCCCUCCUGGACAGCCGAAGCCAGAUGAGUGGAGAAAAAUGACGAGAAAUCGCUUUGUGGGCAACGCAUCUGCUAUCUGGAAGAAGAACCCCCACUUCAACGACUAUCAAUCCAAGUGUGUGUGCACGCCCGAGGACGGCUGUGCCGAGAGCUGCCAGAACCGAAUCAUGCUUUAUGAAUGUGAUCAAACCAACUGCAAUGUUGGUCCUGCUCAUUGUCAGAAUCGCGCUUUUGCCCGCCUGCAGGAGCGCACCAAGGCUGGUGGCAAGUAUCGUGUGGGGGUUGAAGUCAUCAAGACAGAGGACCGAGGCUACGGCAUCCGCAGCAACCGCUGCUUUGAGCCCAACCAAAUAAUCAUGGAGUACACAGGCGAGAUCAUCACUGAGGAAGAGUGCGAUCGUCGCAUGAACGAGAAGUACAAGGAGAACCAGUGCUAUUAUCUCAUGUCGUUUGAUCAAAACAUGAUCAUUGAUGCAACGACGGGAAGCAUUGCUCGUUUUGUCAAUCAUUCGUGCACCCCCAAUUGCCGCAUGAUUAAGUGGAUCGUGUCUGGUCAGCCCCGGAUGGCCCUCUUUGCUGGUGACCGCGCCAUCAUGACGGGGGAAGAGUUGACCUACGACUACAACUUCGACCCCUUCUCGGCCAAGAACGUCCAGAAGUGCCUAUGUGGCAGUGCUAACUGCCGUGGAGUCCUCGGCCCCAAGUCCAAGGAAGUGAAGCCGCCCAAGGCUCCCAAGGAGGACCUGAAGAAGUCCAUCAAGGCUGGAGUAAAGGCAGGCAAACGCAAACUGAAAGAGUUGAUUCGGGACAAGGGCGACGACGAGGAUGGCACCGCUGCCAAGAGGCGCAAGAUCAAGAAAGCGACCGGUGCUGCCGCAGGCAAAGGAUUGACACGCGCUCUGUCCACCGCUAGCCUCAAGGCUGCUAAGAAUGCCGCUAAGGUGGUGAAGCGUAGUGUGUCUACCAUCUCUGUGAACGCCAAAGCGACUCUCGGAUCCAAAUCGCCCAAAUUGCCUGCAUCUGGCCGCAAGCUCGCAUCUAUCAAGCGCAAGUCUACCGUAGUUAAGACCUAUAGCAAGAAGAUUUCGAUGACGCCGAAGAAAGCCGCUACGAGCCCACCGAAGCAGUUGUCUUCUCGCAAAUCUAGCCUCACCAUCGUUGCCGCUAGUACCGCCAGGCCUGGCAAGGGAAGCUCGCCUUCGGUAAAGAGCACGCCUUCGACCAAGGAGGCGAAGGAUGCUCCGACCUCCAGAGGCAGAGGCCGACCCAGAAAACACGCCAUCGCCUCACCAGCUUCCGGCCCCACGCCCAGAAAAGCCCUUGAUAUUGCGCGACCGUCCCACGACAUCCGAAUUGUGGAAUCACCUACCGCUUAA